ACACAAAAGUCUUUACUUUGCAUGAUGUAGAUUUUUAAAAGCAGUCAUUGUACUUGUUGAAUAAGCUGUGGAUGCAUGUCUACAAGCACAUAUUAAAGUCUGGAAUCUGAUUGAUUCACCAAAGCAUUUUCUAACCUCCUAUCACUGCAUUCAUUUACUUUUCUGUUUGCAACAUGCAUGACUAAGUGGAGCCUACGACACUCCCCUGCCUGCAGACAGCGGUCUGUGGGUGGGAUGAUGACUGGGAGGCGCCUGCCCUCUCAUUUACCCCCUGCUUCCUCCACACCUCUUUGUUUACACCUCCAGGCCGGUCAAGUCCAGGCAGAAGAGCAGCAGCUCUUCCCCUCCCAACAACAACAAUGUCUGCCCUGCUGCUAACUUUUGCCCUGCUGUUCACACUUUCUCGCGCCUCGGACACGGUGCCUCCUGCCCAGCUCGGGCCGCCGUCGCUCGGCUUUAGCUCGUCGGUCCGCUCGGUGUGCAAACCCAUCCCCAGCACCCUGUCUCUGUGCCACGGCAUCGGCUACAGGCGCAUGUGGAUCCCCAACUUGCUCGGCCACGACUCCCUGAGAGAGGCCCAGCAGCAGUCGGCGGCCUGGCUGCCCCUCAUCUCCAAACUGUGCCACCGGGACACCAAGAAGUUCCUGUGCUCGCUGUUCGCCCCGGUGUGUCUGCCGGAGCUCAGCGGGCCGCUCAGCCCCUGCAGGAGCCUGUGCGAGGCGGUGCGGGACGGCUGCGUGCCCGUAAUGAGCGCCUUCGGAUUCCCCUGGCCCAAGAUGUUCAACUGUAGCCGGUUCCCCCGCGGAACCGAGCUGUGCAUCCCGGCCACCGGAGAGCAGGAGGAGCGCACGGCGGAGGAGGUCAGACACGAGGAGGCGCUGAAAGGGAGUGUUAUCUGCGAUGCCUGCAGUCUGGCUGCUGAAGGAGAAACUGACAUUCAGGAGAACUUCUGCCAAAGUCCUUAUGCAUUUAAGAUGCGUCUGGGCAGCGUGUCAACAGUGGGAGGUGACCGUCAGCUGGUGCCGACAGCCCGCAGCCGCAUCCUGAGGUGGGCAGGGGGAGGUGCGGAGAGGGCAGAGGAGGUUGGAGGCGCAAUGGCCCACAGCGCUCUGUGGCUGCAGGAAGGAGGUACUUGUACUUGUCCUGGUUUGGACUCUGCAGAGACAAACAAAGACGGAGGGACAGUGGAGGAACAGGUCGACAGGAGACUGGCAAAAGAAGGAGGAAAGGUGGGCAACGGGGGCCAGGGUGGAUGGUACCUUGCCCUGGCUCAGGCUGACGAGGGAAGACUGGUGCUGACUCGACUGGUGAGGUGGAGCAGAGGGGACAAGGAGCUGAAGAAGUUCAUCAGAGUGCUCCUUAAACAGCCGUGUCCAGAGCUAUAAACAGCAGAGCUAUCAUCAACCACUGCAGGUUCGUCCUGUGGAUGCAACACUUUUACAGGAUAUAUAAAAUCGAAAGUAGUAAAUAAGUCAGGAAUUACCUGCUGAAUAAACAACAGUUAAUAGUUCCUAAAUAGCAGCAAAUAAGUCACCAGAAUGUGGAUACAAACUGGGAAAUGUUACACAAUCGAUAACCAAACAAAGCUUCCUUAAACAUAUAAUUUUGUGUAUCACUAAUUCCCCUUUUCCAGUAAAACAGAACAUAAUUUUAUUGCACCGACAAGCAAACGUUUUUUAGUUUGUUGGUUUUUUACAGAGAAUGGAUUCAUGAAUGACCAAAGACUUGCUGUAAUCACCAAUUAUGCCUUAAUUCUGGGAAUAUCAAGCAGCGAGUGAUCCUGAGGCAUUGUUCCAAAAGUCACUACCACACAGGGCAUGCAGUGUAGUUACAGCUGGGGCAGUAUUUGUAUAUUUUUGUGUACAUACAAGAGACAAAAUGUAACCCAUUAAUCCAGUUAUUCACUGAAUUAAAGAGUGACUCGUUAAGAUCACUGGGGUGUAUGUUUUACAUGUAAGGUUUUUUUUUUCUUAUACUACCUAUCAUAUCAAAGUAUGUUAUUACUUUCACACACAUUAAGGCUGCAGCAUGAAUAUAAUGGACUUUUUUUUUUUUUGCUAUUAUUUGAUGUUUUUCUUUCACAGCAGCUAAACUCUCAAAGAUGUCGUUUAAUGAGUGAAAACACUUAAUGUGGAAUGACAUGACGGCAAUAAAAUACGCUAUAAUCACAACAGAAGGGAAGCACUGAAGAGGAACAAAGGAUGGGAUGCAUGAUGCCAUGUACACAAUAAAUUGUUUCAUUUUGGGUUUGGUCUCUAUUUUUUUUUUCUUUUUGCAUUUUAUUGUGUAUUUAUUUGUAUCUAACAUGAUUCUACUCUUGUUAGUUUUUCAUUUAAUAAACUUUUAUACAAACUUU